AUGGGAAAGUUAGAAGACUGUAUCCAAUGGGCCGUUAAGAAUGGUUCUAUUGUUGAUGAGCGCAUUCACUUUAAACAAAGCUCAAUUUCCGGUAUAUCGGCUGUAGUAGAAGGCAUAUUGGCCACGGAAGAACCGUUAAUCCAAAUUCCUUCAAAACUGCUUAUAACUAAUGAAAAGGCCCAGGAAUCAUUUCAAGUAGAUAGUGAUGUUAUUGAUAAAAAUGCUCCUAAUGCUCUAGUUCAACUCUACGUCGCUAAAUUAAAAUUUGCCAAAGGUAUGCCCUCCAUUUACCAACCAUAUAUUGAUUUAUUACCUCUAAAGCUUGAACAGCCAUAUUUUUGGGAUUGGAAAGAGCUACAAGUGAUUAAGGGAACUGAUCUGUAUCUCGUUAUGAAGCAAAGGUUACCUAAACUUUUAGAAGAAUGGACAACUCUUUUGAAGAAACUGUCAUUAGAACCAAGUGAUGACCUUGGGCAAUUAGAGACCCCUGGUUUAGACCUCGUUGAUUAUGUUGCCAGAUAUCGUGAAACAAAUGAACAACUCCCUUGGAACAGCUUUGCUGCAUAUGUAUGGUCAGCCGGGAUCUUUGCCUCUAGAGCUUUCCCCAAGAUUGCCCUCAAUGAUCAAUGUCUAUCAAUUAAUGAAGCUUUUCUGUAUCCGAUUGUAGAUUUCCUCAACCAUAAGAAUGAUACUAAGGUUAAAUGGUGUUUCCAAGACGGUAAGAUGUGUUUCGUUAGUAAAGAAUCUCUAAAGUCAGGUGAAGAAUUGUUUAAUAAUUAUGGUGAUAAAUCUAAUGAAGAAUUGCUGUUGAACUAUGGAUUUGUACAGGAUAAUAAUCAGUACGAUGAUGCUAGAUUAACUUUGAGACUUGAUUCACAAUUGUUAGAUGGCGCUGAACAACUUGGCAUCCCGCUAUCACAGGAAAGAGUAACUGACAACAGCGUGCAAUUUAAAUUGAACAAGAAAGAGCUUCUACCACAUAAUUUAGUCAAGCUAUUCGCCCUUGUGCACAAAUUAAAAUCAGAAGAUGGGAUUAAUUUGAGAAAUUCAUUAGAAGGUAUUGAUUCGUUGCAAUCCAUUCUAAUGCAAAAAGUGGAAUUCUUCAGACAAAAGACAAGAAUCGAUGCUUCUGCUAGUAGAAAGUUACAGAUUUUAAGAAAAUAUUUUGAUCAACAGAGAAGGUUAUUCCAGUUAAGCAUCGAGAAUGGACAAAAACUGCAAAAGGAGCUAAUUAAAUCUAAUUCUGAGUUUUUAAUUAGUUUCAAGACCAUUUUCAAGAACGAUAAGCAAUUUGCCAAUAGUCUACUGCUUACAUUUGGCGUGGCUAAAUUUGAAGAUUUAAUCACAAAGGAUUGUAUGAAUCAAAUCUUACUAUUGUGGAUUGUAAGAGUGGCUAAUAAGAACGAAUAUGCAAAGAAAUUACCAUUUGAGAUUCCACAAUUUAUCUACGAUACUUUCCAAGAAGUUUCUUCCACAAUCGUUAUUGAAAAGGAAGAUGUAUUGCAAAUGAUGGGAUUUUACCAAGCUAUGUUCCCAGCAAUGUCUGAAAAGAUUCCUGAAAUCUAUGGUCAGGGCAAUUGGCGUAUUCGUCAAUUUAUCGUAGCCGACACUGUCAUGGAUCGCUUAGUAUGGACACGUAAAUUGACCCAAGAACCUUUCUUCGUUAAGAAGCAAAGAAUUGCGUUUUAA